GAGCAGGAGGAGGAGUUGGAGAGGCGGCGGAGACCAGGGCCGGGGAGGUCCGUAUGGCCGCUCUCCGCCGGUCGGUGGCGUGCGCUCCGCAACUCGCCCGCCGCGCCUCGGGCUGCGAGCGACUCUGAGCCGCGGCCGCCUGCUGGCCCCGAGCGAGCCGCCAGCCGAGGACAGCCACUCCCCGGGCCCGAGACGGCCGAGACCAUCCCUCCCGCAGGGCGAUGUGGCCGGCCGGUGCGGGCACCAAGCCGCCCUGCGCCCGGGACUCUGCGCUCCGCAGGGCGGCUUUCUCCGGGAACCUCAGCGCGCUGCCUUCUCACCUGGUGCCCGCCGGCCGCAGCGUGCGGGUCUUCAUCAGCGCCAACCCCGAAGACACAGGAGCUGAAAGACAGGCGUUAAAAGAAAAUGUGUAUCCUAAGUUGAGAGAAUUCUGCAGAGAAAACUAUGGACUGGAAUUUCAGGUCAUAGAUCUGUACUGGGGCGUUGAUGAAGAUGAAUGGGACAGCCCAGAGCUGCAGAAGACUCGCAUGAAGAUGCUGGAGGAUUGUUUGAAAACUUCUGCAGGUCCAUGUUUUGUUGGACUCUUAGGGGAAAAAUACGGGAACAUCCGAAUCCCUGGAGAAGUGGAAGCCUCAGAGUUCGAAAUGAUUUUGGACGCUGCCGUGGAGGCAAAGCUGGAGACCAAGUUACUGGAGGAGUGGUACUGUCGUGAUGAGAACUCGGUGCCAGCAGUUUAUUACCUCAGACCCAAAUCAGAAAUGCUGAAAAGUAAUAAAAAUGCGAUGCCACCUGCUGCCAAUGCUGAGAAUGAGAAAACCUGGCAAGAGAUCUCUGAGGAGCUCAAGACGAUAUUUAAGGCUGCCGUGAAGCUGUUGCAUGAAAAGGGAAAAAUGAAACACAGCCAAGCUAAGAGGUACCUGUUUUCAGCUAUAGAGGAUGAAUUUGACUUUGCUCUUGGAAAGCAAACACCCGCAUUCCUAAAGAAGUGUGUGUGCUACAUUAGGAAAAUUGCAAACAUUGAGCGCUUUGUGAAAAUUCCAGAAAUGGGAAAAUACAUGGAUAUCACAGGAACAGAUCCAAGGAUUAUCCGGGACCCAGAAGCACAAGAGAAGCUGAUAAAACUCAGGGAUGAAUUUAUUCCUACUAUCGUUGCAUCCUCCAAUUUGCGAGUCUACACCUCUGUUACUCAUUGUGACAUGAAACUCGGCUAUUCCCAAGAAAUAGAAAAUCAUUACAUAGAAGGGCUUGGUAAGCAAUUUUAUGAGGACAUGAUCGAUAUCAUCCAGGCAACGGUCCAACAGAACUUUGACACAGAAACUGAUACUCUCUAUGAUGAAAUUCUCCAGCAUUCCUCCUUGUGUAAGACCUAUGCCUCCUUCUAUGAGUAUAAAUGCGAAUCUCUAAACAUCGUGCAUAAGUACCUUCUUCCAAGCAAAAUCGGGCACAUCAACCCUCUUAUUAUAUAUGGGGGGCCUUGCACCGGAAAGACCCUUCUGCUGGCUGAAGUAGCCAAGAAGGCAUAUGGCUGGCUACAGGAAGACACGGGACCAGAAUCUGACCCUGUCAUAGUUGUGAGAUUCCUUGGAACCACCGACAUGAGUACGGACCUCAGGCCUCUCCUCCUGAGUGUUUGCGAACAGUUGGCAGUGAACUACCGGUGCCUGGUCCAGAGCUACCCCAAGAAGAUCCACGACCUGCGGGACCUGUUCAUAAACCUCCUGAAUGAGUCUUCCCUGCAGAGGCCGCUGGUGAUAAUAUUCGACUCCCUGGAGCAGCUGUCAGACAGCGACGAGGGCAGGAAGCUCUGGUGGCUCCCGGCCCACCUGCCCCGCUUCGUCCGGAUUGUCCUCUCCACGCUGCCCAACAAGUACGGGAUCCUGCAGAAACUCCGGUGCCUUAUCCACGAAGAGGACAACUACAUUGAACUGGUUCCCCGAGACCGGAAGAUGUGCAGUCAGGUCCUCAAACACCAGCUGCUGCGAGUGAAGCGGAAGGUGACCUCGGGCCAGCAGAUCUAUGUGAACAACGCCUUCUCCAAGUGCACGCUGCCCAUGUUCGUGAACCUGACCUUCAGAGAGGUGAGACACUGGAGAUCGCACAAGGACGUCAACGAAUCGUCCCUCUGCGUCACUGUGCAUGAUAGCAUCGAGCAGCUCUUCGGGACCCUGGAGAAGAAGUGUGGUCCGAGGCUGGUCUCCAGGGCUCUCGGCUACAUCACCAUGGCCAAAAUGGGACUGAGUGAAAUGGAACUGGAGGAUGUGCUGGCCCUGGACAACAGUGUGAUGAACGAGCUCAAUGAGAACGCCAGGCCCUGCAACCCCCUGAGAGUCCCUUAUCUGUACAUUGCCAGACUCAAGGAGGGGCUGAGUGGCUACUUAAUAGAGCGACACAUAAAGAACGUGACGUUGCUGGUCUGGGCCAAUAGGCACCUGCAGCUCAUAGCCCAGAAGCUGUACCUGCAGGGGGACAAAGCCCUGCGGGAAAUGCACACCAUCCUGGCCGAUUACUUCCUGGGUGUCUGGGCCGGGGGCCGAAGGAAAGCUUUCUGCCUCGAAGACCCCUACUUGAACGGCUGUCUUGACUUGGAGAACCGCAGCUUGCUGGAGGAGGAAAAGCACUUUCUAGAACAGGCUUCCUUCGACAGGCAGGCUCCAGACCAGCCCUGGGUGUUCCAGUGCAACCCCCUGGAGCCGGACAUCUUCUUCGUCAACCACCGGAAGAUGUCGGAGCUCCUGCACCACCUGACGCGGUGUGGGAAGACAGAUGACCUGCUGUACGGCAUCAUCAUGAACUUCAGCUGGCUCUACACCAUGAUCAAAAUCGGCCAGUUCGACAAGGUCAUCUCAGACAUCGAGCUGGCUUACAACUACUCGCAAGAGAAGGAGCUCAAGUUCCUCGGCAGCACCCUGCGCAGCAUCAGGAAUAAGGUGAUCGCCUUCCCCGGCUCCCUCUCUGCCGAGCUGCAGCAAAGGCUGCUUCCUGUGGUAAGUUCCCUGCCCAAGCUGAGACAUCUCCUCCUCGAAUGCGACAAAGACGGGCCCAAGUAUUGCUCCAUCGUGCCGCUGCAUUCUUCCAUGGACGUGACCUACAACCCCGAGCGUCUUCCCUUGUCUUCCAGCCACCUGCAUGUCACUGAGAUCCUGCCCACCUGUAACCCCAGCACCGUCCUCACUGCUUUAGAAAAUGGCUCUAUCAGCACCUGGGACGUGGAGACGCGCCAGCUUCUCAGACAAAUCACCACUGCCCAGUCGGUCAUCCUGGGCAUGAAACUGACCGGGGAUGAAAAGUAUCUGGUGGUGGCCACCACCAACAACACUUUGUUGAUUUACGACAAUGUGAAUUCCUGUCUCCUGUCGGAAGUGGAAAUCAAGGGGACCAAGCAUGGCGGCGGCUCCAGCUACAUCAAUGGCUUCACACUCUCUGUCACCCAUGCCCUGGCCUGGCUCGAAGCCAGCAAAGACGUCACAGUCAUUGAUCUACUCUACGGGUGGCCCCUGUACCAGUUCCACUGCUGGUAUGAGGUGACCUGUGUCCAGUGCUCAUUGGAUGGCGUGUAUGCUUUCUGCGGCCAGUACCUGAACACCACUACCAUAUUCCACUUGGGCAGUGGAGAAAAACUGUGUACUGUGACCUCUGAAUUCUCAGGGGGGUUCGUGAAGUUCCUGCUGAUCUUAGACACGGCUCAGGAGAUGGUGAUGGUGGACAGUGAGGGAAGCCUGUCUGUCUGGAACACCGAGGACAUGGCCAACCCCCAGCUAACGGAUGAUUUUGACUGCCGAAGAGAAGACAGCGAGGUGGUCAGCAUCGAGCUCUCAGAGGACCAGAGCGCCAUUCUGAUCUGCAAAGCCCUAGGCCUGGAGCUCCUUGACACUGGCAUGUGGAAGGUGGCCGAAAAGUUCCGAGCUAAACACAACGAACGCUUCAUUUCUGCCGUGCUGUCCAAAAACGGAGACUGCAUCAUCGCCACCAUGGAGAAUACCUCGGCCGUGUUUUUCUGGAGACGGGACACAGGGCAGUGCAUGGCCAGUCUACAGGAAGUCUCGGGAGCCAUAGUCAAGUUGGUGAAAUCGAGCCACCACAAUAUGCUGCUCUCUUUAUCCACCAGUGGGGUCCUUUCCAUCUGGGACAUAGACAUCAUCACAGCCAUGUCCAACAUCGACAAGACUGGCAAACCCAUCCAGAGUCUGGUGCUGCCCACCAGAGGUGAAAUCAUUUACUCGCUCGAUGGCUCCGACUGUGUUCACAAGUGGAACUUCAGCAGCGGGUUCAUUGAAGCAGUGUUCAAGCAUGAGGGCAUCGUGGAACACUGCGUGCUGACAUCCUCAGGGGACUUGAUGGUGACAUCAGAUGACAAGAGCAGCCAGUAUGUCUGGCACACCAGCAGCGGCGAGAACCUCUUCCGCAUCAAUGGACAGAGAAUCUCUCAGCUGCUGAUCACACACAAUGACCAGUUUGUGGUCUCCCUCUGCGAGGAGCACGCCUCCAGGGUUUGGCGGCUGGCCACUGGCCACCGGGUGUGCAACAUCCUCACCACCCUGCAGAAUGCCUUCAUCACCUCUGCCAACACCUUCGUGGUGGGGAUGACCAAAAGCAAAGUCCUGGCCGUCAGUCUCUGGACGGGAAGCAUCACCAAGAAAUUCUGCUGUGAAGAUGGCACCACCAUCGUGAACUUUAAACUGAUCCCCGAUUGUCCUGACAUCAUCGUCUUCAUCACCUCGGCCGAAACAGUGAACAUCUGGAGUUUGACCGAGGAGGUGAUCUGUCGCCGGGUGCAACUUCCGAACAACUUCCUGGAAAAUCUGGAGGACUUUGAAAUUUCUCCCAACGGGAAACUCGGCAUCAUCGCCAGGGGCGAUGAGAACAUCAACGUGCUGGAUCUGUACAGUGGUAAACUCCGGGUGGUGCGUGCCUCCGGGGUCAUUUGGCGGCAGAAACUGUCUCGGGAUGGUCGCUACCUGGUAUACAUUUGUUUCCGGAAUGGGGAGGAAGAGGAUGAAAACGGAGCCAUAUCCAGCUUAAUUGUAAUGAGACUGGCCGAUGGCAAAAAUAUCGGUGCUUGUUCCCUUUACAAAACACCCACUUUCCUUGCUCUCUCUCAGAGACACCUGCACAUCAUUGUGGGCUUUGAUGACGGAAGUAUUGGAAUCUACACCGUGGUAGACCGUGUAGAUGCUGCCUUGAAAAUUAAAAUUGCCACGUCCAAUAGCAGACAAAUCUUCAACAAUGCAACACAGACAUCCAGGCCAAAGUCGAACAGUUAUUGUUUCAAAGUGUCUGUGGAUUGCUUAUGGAGAGAGUCUACCGAGGUCUUUGCAAGGGACAGUCCCAUCACAGUCAGCGACUCCUCGGAGGCUAGUGAAGCCACACCCUCCAAAAAACACAAUUCCUGCUAUGACCGGAUGUGCUCAGUCCUGGAGUCCAGGAGCCACAGCUAUUCCCCUGAUAACUAACAAAAGGUUUACCCUGCUCAGUGAAAAGACGUGAUAUGUGGGACAAAUAUAUAUACAUAUAUGCAUUAUAUGUGUUGUGUGUAUAUAUAUAUACAUAUAUUCUCUUCUAUAUCCCAAAUGACAAAUUACUCAUUUCCUAAAAGCCAGGACGGGAGGCUGGAGUUCCCGUGUUCAUGAUUUUCUAUGCUCAUGGAGUAUAGAGAAAAGGUGAAAUUGGUUUUGUAUGUGGUCCUUUGGCAAAGCAUGAAGUCCUGAGAGAGGAUGUUUCCAAAUUGUACUUUGCUGGCGACAUCACCGUACAGGUAGAGGGUGGUUUUAAAGUGAGCUGUGUGGGAAGAAACGGCACAACUCAGCACACUGGUUCAGGCGAGAGAGGCAUGAGCAUUAGAUGUAGACCAUUUGGACCGGAUUGAGGGAUUCAGAAAUCACCAACCCAGCUUGCUGUUUGACUUCAGACGAUUGAGUGGCUCUAAGUAAACAGCCUUAAUCUCUCCUUACAUUUUACAAUCCUGACAACUGUGUAAACCCAGUCCACACAUGGAAGGUCUAAAGGUGCAAAAUAAUGUAACAAAGCCUGUCCAGAUGUCUUCCCCCGUGUCUCAAGAGAAAAAGAUAGUGAGUGAGGCCUUGGAAGGGACUGGGCCGAGAACCCACCUGGCCACCAUAGGGCUAUGAACACACAGUACACCAUUCAGCCGUGGCUGUUGCACGUGAGGGCUUCUAUAUAAUGGAACAUAGAGUUUUUCAGCUAUUUCCUGGGCUGCAAAUGAGUACUUAAUUUAACAAGAAACCACCAUCUUCUCGUGUCUUUUCAGAAAUACCUGUUUGUACUGGUUGUAAAGCAUUGCAGAAAGGGCAUUUACAGAUAUGGCCAAACCACCUGUCCAUUUCCCCUGUUGUCCUAGCAGGUCUGUGCUACUGGGUCAGCUGGAUGGGCACAUGAAUUUUUUCUUAAAUCCCUGCAAUCUUACUAGAAAGAGAGCACUCUCGACAUGCCAUCUGUGAAAUACUGAUGACAUCUGCCUUACUCUCAUUCCUCCUCUUUCCUGUGCAAAGCGCAGAGAGAUGACCAAAUACUCGGGGACAAACUGAAUAUGCCUGUCUUUGUGCUAAAAUAUUCUACAAAUCUUAGGGGUGUCCAAAGGUUCUAUACUGUCCCUGUUUGUAACCACUUUCUUACUUCGACACACUGUGUAUGCUUCUCUUUCACACUUCUGCUGAAAUACUUUGCAGAGCCCUUGACAGUUUUAGCCAUUUCAGAGCAGAUGCUAUGAAAUGAUAAUCACUAUUGUUUUGUUUUUCCAAAAACUACUCUACUUAAAAGAUGCCAUUCCGAGAGGAAGGAGAUUUCCUUCCCUCCAGAUCCUCCGUGUGGCACACCCUUGGAUGACUUUUCCAAAGGGUUUGGGUGGGAGCUGGUUUGGUUUGCAAGUGGCCCGAGGAGGUAGACUGUGAGCAAGCAAGCAAGCAGCUGACUAACUUCCUGUCCAGCUCUGCCAGACUCACCACAGAUCUGCAGACAGAUCUCUCAUCUCUCCAAUGCAUUGUUUUUGUAACCUGCAAAAUAAGGCAGUGGUCAUGUCUGCGCUGGCCCUCAGAGAGAAAUUGGGGAGCUAUAGGAGGAAAAAUAGAACAUCUUGAUUGUUGACGCUAAGGAAAAACAACUUGAUCUAGUAGCGAUCUAACCCAUAGGGAAUCAAAGCCCAUUAGAUUUCAUUUUAGGAAGCAUUUUGACAGCUAUUUGUAAGCAGAUGGUAAGCAUUCCAAGAUGUGAUUCGACAUAAACACCCCUCUCCAUGGUGAAAUACUUCCCCCCUGCCCCCUAGGAACUUCCUCCCAGCCAGCUAUACCCAUAGUCGAUUGUGUCAUUGCUUUUCUUUUCCUUUUUGAGCUUUUUCAGAGGUAAAUGCAUUCUCAUUCCUUUUAUUUGUGGUCCUUAUCAGUGAGAACAUCAUGCCACAUGUUCCUAAGAAUUAAAUGCCUAGAUGGCUUAAAUGUAGUUUGUGAAUGUUCUCUGUAAAAGUCAAUAGAGUUUAACAAGUGACCUGAAUGAUUUUUCCUAACUUGUUUGCAACUGAUAGCUCAUACUGAAUGUUUUUAUGUAAACUUUGUAUUGUUGGGGAGAACUACCCAAUCAGAGAUUUAUAUUUUCAUAAAUGUUACAUUUAGUUAAAUUUUGUUACAGAGUUGUUACACUAGAAAAUGAUUGCAGUCUUAAGCAAUGUAUAGUCUUGUGUAUGUAUUGUUUGUAUGAAUAAAAGAUAAACUAGU